GCCAAACGUAAAUGUUAUUGCGCAUUUCUUUCUCGACUUUGACUGUAAGCCACUUCCGUUCGUACAAGUCUAUUUCAGUUGCUCAAAGCCGCAGCAACCACGAUCUCUGUGUUCGUGGGAUCGCUGCUACCUCAGGAAUGUCGUAUCGCCCCAAUAACCAAGGUGGCCGUCGUGGGGGAGGUGCACGCGGCCGCGACCGCGGCGGAGGGAGAGGCACUGCAGGCGGCCGCGGCGGAGGAAGAGGUGGGGAGCAGCGCUGGUGGGAUCCCGUCUGGCGAGCCGAGCGUCUUCGCCAGAAGGCUGCCGAGAUGGAGGUAAUGAACGAGAAUGAGUGGCGGGAAAAAAUUGAGCAGUUUAAGAGAGGAGGAGAGCAGGAGAUGGUAAUUAAGAGACACUUUUGCAGGGAAGACCAGGAUAGGUUGUGUGAUAUGUCAUAUCAUUUCGGGCUUCACUUCCAUGCGUAUAACAAAGGAAAAGCACUUGUUGUGAGCAAAGUUCCAUUACCAAAUUACCGUGCUGACCUUGAUGAUCGUCAUGGGUCAUCUCAGGAGAUAAAAAUGUCUACUGAGAUUGAAAAAAAAGUUGGAAACCUAUUGAGCCAUUCAAAAGCAUUCCUGUCUGAUGGAAGUUCCCAUGCUACCGAAUCAUAUACUGCCAAUGUAUCAUUUAAUGAUGUAAACAAUGAAAGAUCUGUGCCGAUAUUGGAGAGCGAUGUUUUCAAAGAGAAACUUAAUGCUGAUCUUAAGCAGAAGCAGGAAACACUGAGGGCAACCAAUCAAUUCAAGGAAAUGAUGUUAUUCAGAGAAAAACUCCCAGCGUUUAAAGUAAAAUCUGAGUUUUUGAAAGCCAUUGCAGAAAAUCAGGUACUAGUAGUUUCAGGAGAGACGGGCUGUGGGAAAACCACACAACUUCCUCAAUUCAUUUUGGAGGAAGAAAUAUCAUCUUCACGUGGCGCUAAUUGCAACAUCAUAUGUACUCAGCCUCGUCGCAUAUCUGCCAUAUCUGUUGCAGCCCGAAUCUCCUCUGAAAGGGGCGAAAUCCUAGGAGAGACUGUUGGUUACCAGAUCCGGCUGGAGUCAAAGCGAUCUGCUGAAACAAGAUUACUCUUUUGUACUACAGGGGUGCUGCUGCGGCGACUGGUCCAGGACCCUUGUGUAACUGGAGUUACCCAUUUGUUGGUGGAUGAAAUUCAUGAACGAGGCUUGGAUGAAGAUUUUCUUCUUAUAAUUAUACGAGACCUCCUUCCUCGGCGUCCCGAUUUACGUAUCAUUCUGAUGAGUGCAACUAUUAAUGCUGAGAUGUUCUCUAAGUACUUUGGAAAUGCACCCACGAUUCAUAUCCCGGGACUAACUUAUCCCGUGGCAGAGUUAUUUUUAGAAGAUGUCUUAGAAAAAACUUGUUACAACAUAAAAUCAGAUUUAGACAACGUUCAGGUCGUUCAUGGAAACUCGAGGAGAAGGCGCCGCCAACAGGAAUCUAAGAAGGAUCCUUUGACUGAAUCAUUUGAGGAUGUGGACAUUGAUUCCCAUUACAAGGGCUACAGCAUAGCCACAAGGCAAUCUCUUGAUGCUUGGUCAGGCUCACAGCUUGAUUUCGGACUUGUGGAAGCAACCAUUCAGUAUAUCUGUCGUCAUGAAGGUGAUGGUGCGAUUCUUGUAUUCCUCACUGGUUGGGAUGAUAUUUCUAAGCUGCUUGAUAAAAUUAAAGUAAACAAUUUCCUUGGAGAUCCAAGGAAUGUUUUGGUUCUCCCUUUACAUGGCUCAAUGCCCACGGUUAACCAACGAGAAAUAUUUGACCGUCCACCUCCUAAUGUUAGGAAAAUAGUCCUUGCAACAAAUAUUGCAGAAAGCAGUAUAACUAUUGAUGAUGUUGUGUAUGUCAUUGACUGUGGAAAGGCUAAAGAAACUAGUUAUGAUGCACUUAAUAAAUUGGCUUGUUUAUUACCAUCAUGGAUCUCAAAGGCCUCAGCACAUCAGAGGCGUGGUCGUGCUGGUCGCGUGCAACCCGGAGUUUGUUAUAGAUUGUAUCCGAAACUAGUGUAUGAUGCCAUGCCACAGUAUCAACUACCUGAAAUUCUUCGAACCCCUUUACAAGAGCUUUGCCUCCAUAUUAAGAGCUUACAGUUGGGAACCAUUGGUUCAUUUCUGAACAAGGCUCUUCAACCCCCAGAUCCUCUCUCUGUUAAAAAUGCUAUAGAACUUCUGCAAACAAUUGGAGCUCUUGAUGAAGGGGAGGAGCUUACUUCACUUGGGCGCCACUUGUGCACUUUGCCUUUGGACCCAAAUAUUGGAAAAAUGCUUCUCAUGGGUUCCUUCUUCAAAUGCCUAAACCCUGCGCUGACAAUUGCCGCUGCUCUUGCACAUCGAAACCCAUUUGUUCUCCCUAUAAAUAGGAAAGAGGAAGCAGAUGCUGCCAAAAGAUCCUUCGCUGGUGAUUCUUGCAGUGACCAUAUCGCCGUUCUCAAAGCUUAUGAAGGAUGGAAAGAUGCUAAGCGUAAGGGUAAUGAAAGAGGCUACUGUUGGGAAAACUUCUUAUCACCAAUAACCUUGCAAAUGAUGGAAAAUAUGAGGAUGCAGUUUCUGGAUUUACUCUCUGAUAUUGGUUUCGUUGAUAAAUCCAAAGGUCCCCAGGCUUACAAUGAAUACAGUAAUGACUUGGAGAUGUUAUGUGCGAUCCUCUGUGCUGGGCUUUACCCUAAUGUUGCCCAGUGCAAAAGAAGAGGAAAGCGAACUGCUUUCUACACAAAGGAUGAUGGGAAAGUUGACAUUCACCCAGCAUCUGUCAAUGCUACAGUUCAUCUCUUCCCUCUACCUUUUAUUGUCUACAGUGAAAAGGUCAAAACAAGCAGCAUCUAUGUAAGAGAUUCCACAAACAUUUCGGAUUACACUCUUCUCAUGUUUGGUGGUAAUCUCAUUCCUAGUAAAAGUGGGGAUGGUAUUGAGAUGCUUGGAGGGUACCUCCAGUUUUCUGCCUCAAAGAGCGUGUUGGAAUUAAUAAAGAAACUGAGAGGUGAACUUGAUAAACUUCUGAAGAGGAAAAUUGAGGAGCCGGGUCUCGACUUCUCAACCGAGGGACAGGGUGUAGUUGCUGCUGUUGUUGAAUUGCUACACAGUCAAAAUGUUAGAUACUAAUCGGUUUGUACUACUAUAAGGUUUGAAUCCAAGAGCAGAACUGGCAUCACCAGUUUGAACCCCUCUGAGAGCCAUUGGAGAUUUGGAGGUAUACUUGUCAUUAACUUCACGGCUUGCGGAUUAUUCGGGCCAAAGAUCUUAUAGAGCUUCGUUAUCAAAAGGAUUUUUAACUCAUUAGUUCUAUACCUAUUGGUCUGUUACCCCCACCAUUCUGAUCAAUAAGCAAUUCCUCAUAGUCGGAGGCCAUAUGCUCUACUUGGGCUCAUAUUUAUCAGAAGUUUGGUACCAGAUGAUGCCUGGAAUGAUGAUCCUUCAGUAAAAGCCUAUGCAAAAGCAGGACACAACUUUGCGUGAGGAUCUUACUUUCUCUUUAAUUGAAUACUAUACGUAUACAUCUGUACUAAUUCUAGAAAAUACCACUUUCCUCCAAUCUGAUUCUGCUUUCUGGCUUUCUUAAACUAGAGUGUACUAUGUUUUACUGUGAAUCCAUGUUUUAAUAAUUGUACUCGCGGUAAUCAAUGUGGCCAAAUGGCUUGGAAAUAUUGAACCUUCACAGAUGCACCUGAUGAGUAGGUUCACAAAAUGUCACAUCUGAUCGAUCAAUGCCGAU